CAAAGAGUAUUCUUGCUACUUGGCUAUCUUGCUUGCUCAUCCAUAAUCUUUCACAAAUUCAGAAGAAAAAAUGUCUAAAUAGUUAGCAACCUUCUCUCUCCUCAUCUCGCACAGAUACAGAACAGAUCAUGAGCCGACAACAGCCUAGAGAAUAGAGUAUAGAGAUCGAUCGAUAAGCUUCAUUAGACUAGACUAGAUCCAAUCCGUAAUUAUAAUUAUGGAGGGUCUGAUCCCAAUGGUUUACAAGGCAAUGAAGAGGAACAGAACUCGCCGCCAAUACAGCUGCCUCUCCUCCUCCUCAUUAGCAGCAGCAACCCCACCAGUAUCAGGUCAAACUAGUAAUUACAACAUCGCUGACUUCUACAUCGAUCACAACAGUUACGUCUAUGUUCCCCAACCUGCACCUUCAGCUGAUCAUCAUCUUCCAACGAUAUUUAAUGUUAAUGGCGCGUCUGCCCGUCGGAACCAGUCGUCCUUAUCCACAACCACAAACAUUAUUAAUCAUGGAGGUCGUCAGUUUCAGCAUCGCCGUCACAAAUCUGUUUCUCUCGGUUCUACUUCCAACUCUAUGCAAGGAUUCUCUUCAUCGGUGGACGCUGAUGACUCCAUUAAUUCUCCUCCUCCAAAGCAACUUGCCCGGUUUCGGAGCCACCGAAGUUUCUUCUCAUGCAUCUCUGGUGCCUAGCAGACUAGCAGUAGGCUAGUAGCUAGCUAGCUAAUUAUCAAUGGCCACAUGAUCAGUACAACUCAAGGUGCUGCUUAUUUCAAUUCAAUUACAGGGUUAUUUACAACUCAAGGUGCUGCUUAUUUCAAUUCAAUUACAGGGUUAUUUACAACCUCUGCUGUCUGCUCUCUCUCUUCUCAGCUUUCGUCUCAUAUUUUUAAUUUCUCUUGAAAAUUUAUAAAGAAAUAUUGUGAUGCCCUCCAA